AUGGCUCUGUCCACCAUCCAGAAGGUGGCCCUGUUCUCCGGCCUGGUGCUCUGCGUGUCUCUGCUGCUUCCCAAAACCUUCCUGAGCCGAGGGAAGCCCACCGUACAGCAGGAGGGUAAGGCGGGAGGUCCCGGUCGGUUCCCGUCAUCCGUUCCUCAUGGCAAGUCAUCGGACAGCAGAAAUCCCGGCACUUUUUUUCCAAGGUCCCACCUGUCCGAGUCUGUGUCCAAGACCAAGACCGGAGGGGGCGGAGGGAGCAGCGGAAGACAAAGCCUGGUGGGGCAGAUUAUUCCCAUCUAUGGAUUCGGGAUCCUGCUGUACAUCCUCUAUAUUCUCUUCAAGCUCUCCUCCAAAGGGAAAAGCGCAAAACUCGCAGAGCCGAAAACCGCGCCGAUCAGCAAUGGAAACCUCAAGAGGAAAAUCACCGACUACGAGCUCAGCCAGCUGCAAGAUAAACUCCGCGAGACCGAGGAGGCCAUGGAAAAAAUCAUCUCCCGCCUCGGACCCAACUGCGAGCGCAGGGGGGAUAAUGUCAGCACAGAUGAGGAGCAGCAGCUGCUGCAGAGGCUGAAGGAGAUCACCCGAGUGAUGAAGGAGGGGAAGAUUCUGGAGGGGAUAUCGCCGGAGCAGGAAGCCGAGGAGGCCCCAUACAUGGAGGAUUGGGAAGGUUAUCCGGAGGAGACCUAUCCCGUCCACGACCCCUCCGAGCGCCGGCGGAAGCACGACACCAUCCUGGUCGAUCGCUCCGUCUUCACGCAACCCUCCGCAGAAGAGAUUGCAGAGCAGAUGGAGUUUGGAGAAGAAGAGAGCCGCUUGUACGCAGAAAACGCACCGGAGGUCGGUGAUAAUGGACGAGUCCAAUGUGAACCAUGUGACCCCCCCAUCUACAGCUCAGCGGUGCACCCGGAGGACAACUCGGAGACGUGGAGUGACAGCGAAGACGAGGAAGACCCAGAGGUCAUCGCAGAAAACGCCGGAUUCAGCACAGCCAGUGACAGCGAAGGGGAUCCGUAUGGAGAGGUUUCCAUCCCAGACUCCACCGCAGACGCCCAGUCACCAGCCGCUCUCAAUGGUCACGUUUGCGAUGACACGGGAACUCUGCGAAAACGGGGCAAGAAGGGAUCUGAGUAUUAA